AUGUCCGUCUCCAAGAACGCACAUGCUCCCUUUCCUGACGUGACGGGUCUCCGAACUUCUGGACCCGACUUCUCUCGCGUCGGCCCGCAAUGCAAGCUUCUGCGAGUUCAGCAGUCGCUCCAUCUUGAUGCUCGUGCAGCGUCGAGCUUCUCCGGCCAAGAUCUGCAUCUCGCCCUACUCUCAGCAUGGUGUGUCAUCCUCUUUCAUUAUGGAUCUCACGAAGCUACCAACAUCGAGGUGCUUCACACAUCACAACACGGUCACGAGACCCUUGUCGAGCUCGACUUUGCAGAACAGCGCGAGCUUGUCCCAUUUACUCCCUCUCAACUCGCCGCAUUUGUCCAUCAAGCCAGGCAGCAACAGCUUCCUGCCAAAGACCUCGAUCAUGGCUAUGCUGCCUUUUAUCAACCUAGCCACACCAACGAGCCCUCACCUCACUUUCAACAACUCCAACUCUCGUCCAGGCCCGACAUCUCGCUCGCCCUAUCCUAUCACCUCCAAGGCUCGGCUCAACUCGUUCUUGAAAUGAAAGCAGCGCCUUCUGUGCACUCGCACCAAUCAGCUCAGCUGCAACUGCGUCAAGUGGCCGCCCUCCUCGAGUCCUACCACAGCGACACCCAACAGCACGCCUUGUCAGUCGAGCGCUUUGACUGGAAGCUCAGAGCCUCGGACAAUCCCAACUACCAGCACCUUCCCGACCCGAAUCACAUCCAAGAUCGUCAUGCCGAUCGCCUCGAGACCGAGUUCGAGUACUUUGCUGCUACUACUCCCGAUGCGCUAGCCCUCGACUUUCGCUUCGAUCUUCAAGACCUCAAAUCCACAAAAUGGUCCUAUGCCGAAAUGAAUCAACGUGCCGAAAAGGUCAAACACCUUCUCUGGAGUCACGGUGUCGGCUCAGCUAGCUCUGACCCACAAGCCGACCACAUUGUGGCUCUCUAUCUCGAAAAAAGUCCAGAGACCUACCUUUCCUUCAUUGGUGUCCUCAAAGCGGGCGCUGCAUGGUGCCCCAUCGACACCGACUGGCCUGCUUCGCGUAGACAGGCGCUGCUCGCAAAGUCUAAUGCAAAAAUCGUAUUGACCCACGACGACAAGAUAUCUGAGCAGCUUCGUCACGAUCUCGAAAGCCAGCUGGUCAAGGACAAAGGCGAAAUCACAGCCAUCCGUCUCGAUCAGCUUGACGCCGAGCUUUCACAAGUUCAGGUCGUGCCUCCCGCAAACGCCAAUCGCUCGAUACAACAGCUCGCCUACAUGAUCUGGACUUCAGGUACCACCGGUCUCCCAAAAGGUGUUGGCAUCCAGCAUCUUGCCAUCAUCCAAGCCAUGCGUGCCCUCCGAAUCUACAUCCCGUACGGCAAAGACAAGAUCGGCACCGACCAGAUUCGUUAUCUUCAGUACUCGGCCUACAACUUUGACCUCUCCAUUAUGGACUGCUUCUACACCUGGGGCCUUGGCGGCACCAUUUGCUCGUGCCCGCGCGGCGUCUUGCUCCAAGAUCUCGUCGAAGUGGGCAACAGCUUGCAGCCAACUCAUACGCUCCUGACACCAGCCGUCAUGGCAAUGACCGAACGCCAUCGUGUUCCAAGCCUCAAGGUGGUCAUCUCGGGCGGUGAAAAGCUCAGUCAGGUCGUUGCCGAUGAAUGGAGCAAAGACUGCUGCCUCCUCAAUCUCUACGGCCCUGCCGAGGCUACACUGAUCGCCAUGAACCGUCGUGUACCCUUUGGCGAUCGAGUCAAGGCACCCAACAUUGGUGUCGCCCUCCCCACCGUCUCCUGUCACGCCCUCGACAAGUACGAUCAGAUCGUCAUCAAGGGUGCCGUCGGAGAACUCGUUCUUGGAGGUCCUCAGCUUGCUCGUGGUUACGUCGGCGAUCCGGUUAAGACGGCCGACAAAUUCUUUCCUCAUCCCCAGCUUGGCAGAGUCUACCGCACCGGUGAUCUCGUUCGUCAACUCGACAACCAAGAGUUUGAAUACCUUGGACGCAUCGACGAUCAGGUCAAGAUCAACGGCAUUCGUAUCGAGCUGCUCGAGAUCAAUGCUGCCAUCAAGAACAGCCACGACAAGAUCAAGGACUCCGAGACCAUGGCUUUCUCUAAGAAGGACAACGAAAGCGAACAGCAAAUUAUCAACUUCUCCGCUCUUCCUGGCGGCGAGCCGGGACAGCUUCUCAGAACCGAUCAAGACGCGAUUGCUGUGGCUCGCGAGCUGCAGGCCAAUGCCAAGGACAGCCUCCCCUCCUACAUGGUUCCCAACCUCUUUGUCAUUCUUUCGCAUUUCCCACGCACAUCCAGCGCUAAGAUUGACCGAGUCGCGCUCAAAAAUGUCCUUGCCAGCUUCGAUCAGCUCGACUGGGAAAACAAACUUGCCAACGAGGGCGAUGAUGACCAAGUGGACCCGGCAACCGCACAAGCAGAAGCUUGCCUUCGAAAGUGGCUCGCCAAGCUCUGCAACGUCGACGCCAGCAAGAUCGGGCGCAAGACCCCCUUUACAAGUGUUGGCCUCGACUCGAUUCGUGCCAUGAUGUUCUCGAAGCGCGUCUCAGAAGAAGGAUUCGCCGUGUCAGUGCUAGACGUGGCGCGUUUCCCUACGCUCAAAUCGCUCGGAGAACAUCUUCAAAGCUCUGGUGCAAGCUCUGAGGAGCGUGCCAAGCGGGCCGCCAGCUUCCUCGCUGACUUUGAUGCCGCCUUCCGCCCAGUCGUCUCAUCUUGGGUGAAACAGCGCAAGGCAGAUGCUUCUGCGAUCCAGUCCAUCUUGCCCUGUACGCCUUUGCAGGAAGGUAUGCUGGCCGAGUCGCAGCGGGAUAGCUCAAGCUACCGCAUCCAGCGCCAAUAUCGACUUGCCUCUGAUUGCGACCAAGCCCGCCUUUCUAAAGCCUUGAUCGAGACUGUUGCUCACUUUGAUAGUCUCCGCACGUCCUUUGCCGACGUUGGCUCCCUUGACGUUGGCCUUCACCAACGCGAAUGGCCUUUCCAGCCUCACUUUUUGCAAAUCGUAUGGAAGUCAUUCACUCCCCUGAUCGAACAACUUGAUGUCGACGACGGAUCGGAUGCUGAACAGGCCAUUCUCUCUGCAGCAAAGACCAAGCUCGAUUUGGAUCCUUUUGGAACGAGUCCACCCGUCGCUUUCUUGUUUGUCAAGCAAGCACUUAGCAGGUCCUUGGUGGUCGUUGCUCAUCAUAGCACGUACGAUGCCCGAUCGCUCGGCAUCUUCGAGGAUCAUGUCGAAGCUGUCUACAAUCGCCAGAAACCACCGACUUCACUCCAAUUUUCGACCGCACUCGCCCAGAUUCUUCCCAUUGACCAAACGGAGGCUCAGCGACAUGCCGAUGUUUGGCAAAAGGCGCUCUCAAACUACCCGAGAGGCGAAUAUGCCUCCUUCCCGACUUUGUCUCUGACCAGGCCUUCCGAGGCCGACGCAGACCAAGCCAGCCUGCACCAGUCGCGCUACCUGGAAGCAAACAUCAACUGGGCCAAGAUCGAGUCGGCUUGUCGCGAGCUCGGCGUCUCUGCACGUCCCUUGGUCCAGACCGCUUGGGCUCUAGUGCUCUCCGCCUUCACAGAGUCGCAACACCUCAUUCUGGGCGACUCAGUCUCGGGUCGUACGCUCUCAGCCGAACUUGACCUAGCAUAUGGUCCUGUCUUGUCGACGGUGCCUGUACCUUUCAUGCUGCGUCCAGAGCAGAAGCUCGGCAAUCUGAUCAAACAGAUGGAUGAUUUCCAAACCUCCAUCAUGGAAGCGCAGCAUACAGACUUGGGUGCCAUCCGUCGAAUGCUCCAAGUGCCACCACGGGAAUCACUUUUCCACUCCGUCUUUGUUCUCGAGCCUGCCCCUGAGCAGCCGGAGGACAUCGACUCGAGCCAGUUCCGCUUGUCCAAGAUGGCAGAUCUCGGUGUUGCCACCGAGCACGUGCUCGGUGUCGAGGUGCUACCUGCCUCGGAUGGAUCUGUCAAGCUUGGCUUGAGCUGGCAGAAGAACAUCAUCAGCGAAGGCUUCGGCGGGCUCAUACUCGAGCAAUUUGAUCGCAGCCUCACGGCGCUAUGCUCUUCCUUGGAUGCUGACGUUGGCUCUCUCCUGUACUGUCACCCUCGAUCCGACCAACAGGCCUCAUCUUUCUACUCGGUGACCAAGCCGGUCUCCAAGCAGAAGUGUUCAUCGGCAACAUUCACGGGUGUAGCCAGCUCGCUGAACAAGCAAGCCAUCUCUGAUAACAGCAACGCAGUCGAGAUCUAUCAAGACAUGGCAGACUCACCCUCGUCCCGAAAACCGGCGGCAACAAUGUCCUACCCAGAGCUCGAGCAGGCGUCUAACGGCGUCGCCAACCUUUUUCGCCACCUCCCACGCAACUCGGUCGUCGGUGUUUGUCUCGAGCGUGGUCUAGAGAGCUACAUUGUCCCGCUGGCUAUCCUGAAAGCUGGCCAUGCUUACCUGCCCCUCGAUGCGACGCUUCCCCUCGACCGAAAGAAGGAACUUGUCAAAGACAGCGGUGCAGCUCUUAUCGUCGCUUCAAGCAAGUUCACAGACUUUGACAGCCUGACUGGAGUGGAGAUGCUCGGCACGGAUUCGAGGCAGUUCAAGGACGCCGUUAAAGAUGGAAAGGCGACUGUUUCGGUAGAGUCUCGAUCCGACGACGUCGCCUUCAUCAUCUACACAUCGGGCUCGACGGGAAAACCCAAAGGCUGCUUGCUGACGCAGGCUAACUUGGCUGCUGCUGUCGAGGGCUUCUAUUAUAACUACGAAAAAGAAGCGCCUGGCUCAUUUGAGUCUCGCGCGCGUUUCUUGGCUCGUUCCGCCGAGGCGUUCGACGUUCACCUGCUCGAAAUCUUCCUCUCGUUGCGGGUGGGCGCCACCAUCGUCACUGGUCCCCGUGCUCUGAUUCAUGACGAUAUUGCCAAGACCAUGUCCACGCUUGAGGUGACGCACGCUUGCGUUGUGCCAUCCCUCUUCUUCAGCAAGGGCAAGCGGAUUGAGCCUAGUGUGGUGCCUUCGCUGCGAGUGCUCAUCAUCGGUGGCGAAGCUCUCACCCAAGAUCUUUGUCAGAUUUGGGGGAGCGAGGGCUCGGAACGACCCGUGGUACUCAAUGCCUAUGGCCCAAGCGAGGCUACUAUCGGUAACUCGGUCGCUCGUGUCAGCAAAAAGUCUCGACCGAGCAACAUUGGUGCACCUUUCCCCGGCACUCAAUACCUCGUUCUCAAAGACGUCAAUGGACAACUGGUUCCUACGCUGCGAGGUGAGCCAGGCGAGUUGUACAUCGGAGGAGAACAGGUCGCCAAGGGCUACCUGAACCGUCCAGACUCUUCGUCGUUCAUCACGUACCAGGGUCAGCAAAUCUAUCGCACUGGAGACAUGGUUCGUCUGCAUCCCAGCGACGAGGCCGAGUAUCUUGGUCGCAUAGAUGGCUCGCAGGUCAAGGUGAGAGGCGCCCGUCUCGAGCUUGCGGAGGUGGAUGCUGCCCUCUCAGCUUCCCUCAACGAGAACCUUGGAACCGUCGGCACGGCGGUCACCAUUCACGCCGAUCAUCCUAAGAUCGAAGGAGCAGCGCGCUUAGUGUCGUUCUUCGCUCAGGACUGUGUCAGGACAAAGGCCCAAGAUUCUGUUGAUCCUGGCGCUCUGCUCGUACAAGCGCCCGAAGCGGUCAAGCAGUCUGCUGAGCUGAGGAGAAGCGUACGAGCUCGGCUGCCUCAGUACAUGGUACCCUCUCUCGUGCUCGCUCUCACCUAUCUUCCCAUCUCACCGCUUUCUGGCAAAGCUGACCGAAGACUGCUGAAGGAGCUUUACCACUCGAUCGACCCCAGUAAGCUCUCGACGCUUUCGGACAAGAACGAGUCUCGUCAAAGAGAGCUCACUGACAGCGAGCAGACAGUAGCCGAGCUCGUACGCUCCUCUGUUCGUCUGUCUUCCGAUGUUCAUCUCAUGCAUGAUCUUGAUCUCAUCAUGGCUGGCUUGGACAGCUUGACCGUCGUCACGCUCGCGAACAAGCUUCGGAAGCACGGCUACGACGCAACGGUCUCGUCCAUCAUGAACGAACCCACCAUCGAAGCUAUUGCCGGCCGUCGCAUCGACAAGCUUUCCUCCAACGAAACUAGCGAUGUGGAAUGGAAGCAGACCGUGUCUCAACUCACGGACAAAGUGCGAUCUCUGCCGCAGUACCGCGGGACUCAAAUCGAGACUGCUUUGCCGUGCGUGCCGAUCCAAGUUGCGCUAGUCUCCCAGGCGGUCUCCGACGAUCGCAGCACGCCUCGUUACAUUACUACCAUCAGCAUCGACCUGUCGAGCAACGAAUUCUCUGCCGAUCGGAUUCGCAACGCCUGGAUGACUGCGCUGUCUAGGCACGAGAUCUACCGCACCGUCUUUGCCGAGGUCGAUCGCACGCUAGUGCAGGUAGUGCUCAGCGCCGAAAGCUUGACCUCAAACUGGUCAGCCACCUCUGAACCCAUUCCCUCGCCGGAUAGCUUGGCAGACUAUCAUGCAAGCACAGCGAAGGACAUCGUCGCCAAUAUCAGCAGUGUCCCUGCUCUGCGCCUCAAGCUGUGGCAGGGCGAGAAUGGCGCUCCGACGCUCACUUUGACAUGCUCUCACGCCAUCUACGACGGUGACUCGAUCCGCAUGCUUCUCAAAGAGGCCUCGGAUUGUCUUGUGACCAAGAGCAAAGUCGUGCCGGCGUUGCCUUUCCAAGAAGCAGCACGUUGCAUCGUCGGUGACGCUGAAGACGAGGAAGCAAAGCAAUUCUGGACCACGACACUUGCUGACUUUUUGCCAACGACCGUGCCCAACCUAACUGGCGUUCGACCCGAGCACAACGUCAGCCGCGGCGAGGAGCUCACCAUCGCUUCACAUCUUUCUUUCACUCAGUUGGAGAAAGCGGCCCGUGCUGCUAAGGUAACGAUCCAGUCCAUCUUGGUAGCAGCCUUCGCGCAUCUCCUGGGUCUUUACGCUGGAGAGAGUGACGUCACGCUCGGCCUUGUGCUUUCUGGUCGAAGCAUUCCGGUCGACGGUGUCGAGUCGAUCCACGGACCUUGUGUCACAACAGUCCCGCUGCGCCUGACCGAUGCUAGGUCAAAUGCUUCUUCCGAUCUUUGCAAACGAGCUCACCAGGCGGUAAAUGCCAUUUUGCCGCACCAACACGUUUCUCUGCCGCAGUUAAUGCGCUGGCUCGAUUUGUCAAAGGCGCCUUUUGAAGCCCUCUUUUCGUACCUCGGCCAGUCUGAGCGCUCUUCUGAGAAGCCCUACUUCUCAGAGAGGGCUUCUCAGAUGGAGAGAGAUUAUUCUUUAGCGCUUGAGGUCAGUGCUGUUGGGGAUGCCGUCAAUCUUCAUCUCGCCUUUGACACUCGGUCGAUGCCUGCCGAACAAGCUAAGCGGAUGCUCUGCCAGUAUGACGGGUUCCUCACUGUCUUCACCGGGACGAAGCGAGUCGACGACGACGGAAAGCAUCUAUCCAUUCUCAACAAAAGCUGCUAUGUCCCGACAAGCGCCAACGAGACGAUUGUGGCGCGCUUCACCGAGCACGUCAAAGCAAAUCCGGAUGCGCCUGCGAUCGUGUUUGCGUCGUCCAUGCAAGAGCCUCCCAAGGUCACAUCAUAUGCCGAGCUAGACUCGCUCAGUACAAAGAUUGCUUUUCAUCUCGUCCAUGCGGCCGGUCCUUUCGUCGGUGUUCAUCUCAACAAGGAGGGUCCUGAGCUCUACGCUACCAUCCUUGCUAUCUGGAAGGCUGGCAAAGCGUACCUGCCACUGGAUCCAUCGCUGCCGGUCGAGCGUCUGUCGUAUAUGAUCGAGUCCGUUGGUGACUGCCCAGUGGUUGCUAGUCAUUCGACAAAGGAAAAUCUCGCUAGCUUCCGAUGCAAGGUACUUGACCUCAAGGAACUUGUCAAGCCUCGCUCAGGCGCACACGAGCUUCCGUCGCAGAAUCUGGAUGCUCUGUGCUAUCUGCUCUUCACUUCUGGCUCCACAGGAAAGCCCAAAGCGGUACAGAUCAACCAGCGUGCAUUGGCUGGUGCUCUCUAUUCCUGGGAGCGGAUCUUGCCGUUUACCCGCACGUCUCGGUUCCUGCAGCUCGCUUCGAUUGGUUUCGACGUGUGCCUCAUCGAGAUGUGCAUGCCGCUCUCGCUCGGAUUCUCGAUCGGUACGGCUCCCAAGCAGGAGCUGUUGGAGGAUCUCACCCAUUCGAUCAAGCACCUCGGCAUCACCAUCGCUGAUCUUCCAGCGGCGCUUGCUGGUGCGGUGCAUCCCGAGGAUGUUCGGCUCGAGUGGCUCAUGAGCGGAGGCGAUGUCAUCGACUCGCGCGUCGUCGACGAAUGGAACCAUGCCAAGCGUCUCCUGAUCAAUGCAUGGGGACCUACUGAAGCGACGAUUGGCAAUACACUUGGACAGGUCAAGCGAGGCGCUACCAGAAACUUGAUUGGAGGCGUCUAUCCUUCGUCUUCGAUGUUUGUGUUGGACGAAAACUCGACGCGAAUUCUGCCUUCUGGCGCCAUCGGCGAGUUGGCUGUCGGCGGACCGCAGCUGGCCGACUGCUACUAUGGGCGCGAAGAGCUCACUGCUGAAAAGUUCAUCUUGUUGGAGGAUGGCACACGUGUCUAUCGUACCGGCGAUCUUGGUCGCUUCUUGGUCGAUGACACAGUCGAGUGUCUUGGUCGUAUUGGAUCCGAUCGCCAAGUCAAGGUCAAUGGCCAGCGCAUGGAGCUCGACGAAGUCUGUUCGGUGAUCUCAGCCCAAGCUGGUGUGUACGAUGCUGAUGUGCAGUACCUCAAGCACCCAUCGAUGGGCUCGAAGCAACUGGUCGCGUUCGUCGCUGCUGCAGAAACACAGGCCAAGCAAGGAGACAUGGACGUUCGCGAUGAUGACAAGGCCAUCGAUCUCUGCAUCCGACUCGAGCAGGAAGCUGCCAAGCGUCUAGCUACUUACAUGGUGCCAACGCAUUGGAUCGUGAUGAAACAUGGCCUACCGCUGACGCACAACAACAAAACCGAUCACAAAGCUUUGGCGGCAUUCUACGGGCGAAUGGACGCGACUCUGCUCCGCUCGCUCGGCGCCAAGAGAGAAGGUGCCAUUUCGAGUCACGCUUGGACGCAGUCGGAACUCAAACUUCGUGCCCUGGUGUCGGAUUUCUGCAAUGUUCCGCAAGACCAGCUUGCGAGAAACACGUCGUUCCAUCGGCUCGGCAUCGACUCGAUCUCGGCCAUUCGUCUGGUCAAGCAGCUGCGUACAUCUGGCUUUACUUUUAGCGUGGCCGACGUUCUCAGUACACCGAACAUUGCCGCUCUUGCCGACAAGCAGAUGCAGUCUUCUGCUUGCUCUUCUGAUCAUGCUCAGCCAAACGAGGGUCUGAACGAGUGGAUCGGACAGAUUAGCUCUGUGGCAGAAAACGAGGCGUGGAAAUGGUCGAGCAAGGACUCACUCGUGUCGGUUCUGCCCUGUACGCCUCUGCAGUCCGGAAUGAUCGCCCAAUCGCUUGCCUCGGCUGGCGGCCUAUACUUCCACCACCAUGCUUUCGAGCUUCAAAGCACGGAGAAGCAACAUGUCGUAGCAGCGUGGCGAAAGCUGGUGGAGCGUCUCGAUAUUCUCAGAACCACGUUCCAUCCAGUCGACGGUCUACACCCUUGGACGCAGGCAGUGCAUUCCGAGGUGCAGCCACGCAUCGUCCAACACUCUGGUAGCUUCCAAAGCUGUGGUCUAGAUGCCAUUGACGGUCAGCCGUCUUUCCAAGAUGAGCAGGCCUUCCGCACUCCACCAUUUGCUCUGCAUUUGUGGUCCCAAGAAGGGAAGCUGGUCGUCCUGAUCAGCAUUCACCAUGCGUUGUAUGACGGCAGCUCGCUGCCUCAGCUGUUGGAAGACUUUGAGGCUCUGAUCACUGGCAACCAAGCGAAAUUGACCUCACGGCUGCCCUUCUACAAGCUGGUGCCCUCGCUUCUUUCGCAGGACGAGGACGUACAGCACUGGGUAAAUGCAUUGCACGCAUUCCAACCGACGCUGCUGUGCAAACGUUCGAACAAGCCAAGCGGUGCGGCAGUGCUACUCGAAAAGCGGCUCGCUUUGACCUCGCAAGAGCUCGAAUCACGUUGCCGUGCUAUCGGUGUCUCGCCGCAGGUGCUCUGCAACCUUACGUUUGGCAAGCUGUUGGCCAUCGAGAGCCAGACGCGAGAUGUAUGCUUCGGUCAGCUGUUCGGGCUACUCGACUUGAUGCCAGAAGCUGAUACUUGUGUUGGGCCCGCGUUCAACACAACAGCCACUCGAAUCCGAUUUCAAGAGCUAGACGCUCCUGUUAGCAAGCUGGCAACAACCCUCCAACAGGCUAACGAUGCUGGAAGGCCGCAUCGGCGCGCAGCGCUUCGUGACGUGCAGGCCAAGCUUGGACGUGGCCAGCUCUUUGACGCGCUGUUCGACUACCAGCGCUCAUACGACCAAGAGGACAGCAAGCUGCGCCAAAUCGAGCUCCAGAGUGACGGUACCGAACGAGCUCAGUACACGCUCAAUGUCGCGUUUGUCCAGGGCCCCAGUCAGAUGUCGAUCGUGGCAAAGGCUGAUGGCAACCGCUACGACCAAAAGGCGCUAGAAGGUGUAGUGUACCGACUCGAGCAUCUGCUUGAGCAUCUCUCAAUUCGUGUCGAGGAACCAAUCUCGGUUCUGCCGGAUGUGUUUGGAGAGACAGCCUUCCCUCUGCAUCUCGCUCAGGUAUCUGUGGCUAACGGCACAUCCACGUCGAAAGCUUCGGCGCAAAACAGUGCCAACCAAGCUCUGAGCCAAGAUGGAAGCAAGCUGGCCAGCAUCAUCAGCCAAAUCGCGGGCAUCGACGAAAUGGAGCUCCACGGCGAGACUCGUUUGUCACAGCUUGGAUUGGACUCGAUCUCUGCGAUCCGGAUUGCUUCACAGGCGCGCAAAGCUGGCCUGAAUCUGCGCAUGGGCGAAAUCGUUGCCGGCGAGACAAUCAAUGCAAUCCUUUCAGCUCGAUCUCAGACAAACGCCACCAAAAGUAGUGACCACGUCAACCGCAAUGGUCGCGGCAACGGCCAUGCAAGAGUGUCGCUCGAGACAGCCAAACGGGUCGCAGCACGCCUCGCGAUCGAUUUCGAACAAGUCGAACGUGUUCUUCCGGUUCUCCCCGGCCAGAAGCUGUGGCUGGCCACAUGGGCUCAGUCGCAAGGAGGUGGAGGAUUUAGCUUUGCGUACCGGCUUGCAGGUGCCGAAGCGGACAAGGUGAAGGAAACGUGGCAAAAGCUUCGACAGCUGCAACCGAUCCUACGAACAGCGUUCUUAGUGCACCACGACGGCGGUGCUUCGCAGGUGGUGCUCAAGGCAGACUCGGUGUCGGCCGGUUCGGGUUUUGCCGAGGUGCAGGUCGAGCGAGAUGCAGAGCUGACCGCCAAGGACGUCGUCGGUCGUCGCGCAGCCCAAGGUUGGCCAGACCUCACAAGCCCGCCUGUUGAGCUGACACUGGUGGGUGAGAUCGUCGUAUUCUCGCUGCACCACGUCCUAUACGAUGCCUUUUCGAUCGAGUUUUUGGCUCGCGAUUUCGGCUCGCUGUACAACGCGGGCGAGUUGGUCAGUUCGAACCAGUGGCCAGAGGUGGUCGAGCACAUUGUCGAAGAGCAACAGCGAACGAGAGGCGAUGCGCAAGAGUAUUGGUGCAGAGCACUUGCACCCGGGAGCAGCGGCUUGUUGGCCGAUCGUCCAGGGAGCACAGGAGAAGCGUGGCAUGUGCAGCACAACGCUAUCUCGCUCUCUUCGGCGGUGGACGUGCGGAUACGCAAAGCAGGCUUGACGCUGGCUGGCGUCCUGCUAGCGGCAUGGUCGACUCUCUUGUCAGAGCGAAUGCACGACGCGUCGCCCGUGUUCGGCUUGUACCAGCUCGGUAGAUCGUCGUCGUUCGAGUCGAUUGACAAAGUACAUGGACCGUUACUCAACUGUCUACCCAUACAGCUGCGAGGUGGUUCACUGCUCGACAAGGCUCGAGCUGCAGUCAGCGAGUUGAGGCUGCGCGCCAAGUUCGAACAGACCGACUUGCAAGAUGCUCAUCGAUGGGCUGGGCUCAGCCAGCACCAAGCAUGCUACAACACGUUUGUCAACAUCUUGUUCGGUGAUCAGCUUGACCAACAUCUCGAGAUGCACCAGCUCGACCUCGGUCACCCGCUCGAUUACUCGCACCACUCGCAACACUCCACUCAUGAUCGUACACCUCCAAGCACGCCACACGUUGCUCUGCCCUGGCAACCAGACGUCAACCUUGAUGUCGUCCUCAAGAAUCAUGCUGUCGAUAUCGCGAUCAAGGCAAACACGAGCGUCGUGGCACAAGCUGAUCUGCACACGCUAGUGAAUCGGCUCGUACAACUCGUCCAUGCUACGCUCGAACUCCUUUGA